CACGGAUAUUGUUAUGUAAGGUUAUACACCUAGGGGUGGAUUUUCGGUUAGUUCGGUUAUAACCGAUAACCGAAAUGUCGGUUACCGGUUAACCGCAACAUCACCAUUGCCUACCGACAACCGCCCGACGGAAGCCAUCGGUUAGCCGGCAACCGACCGGUCGGUUGCCGGUUAGUUUCUCGGUUAACCGCAGUAACCGCAAAACACAAUGCACACUGAAAAUCCAUCUGCUCUGUCCUCCCCUGACCCCUCCCAUGUCGGGAGCUUCAUCAUCUCACCGGUUCCAGCAACGUCCAUGCUUCUUCUUCUCUGGCCGGGGGGAAGGGCUUCGAAUCAAAAGGGGAAGCGAAGAAUCAGAGAUUCGUGGUUCGAGGGAAGGAGAAUUCGAAGGUGAACGGGGUAGAUUUCGACAGCGACGAGGAUAAUGCGAACGGGAACGGCGAGGAGGGAGAAGAGGAUCCGUUUGAUUGGGAGAAGGAGAUGAGGAAGAGAGUGAAGGAGAUCGAAGAGAUGAGGGAGUUGGAGAAGAAGGCGGAGGAGUGGCGAUGGCGGAUUCAAUCGCAGAGGAGUGGCGAUGGGGGAAGCAAUUUUCUUGCCCAAAGUGGCGAGCAGAGGAGUGGCGAUGGCGGAUUGGCGGUUGCUGGGAGUGAGAAGGGAGAAUGGGGCGGCGGCGGCGGCGGCGCCCUUCAGGGUCGGGGAGGGAGAAGGGAGAAUGGGGCGGCGGCGUCGAUUGCAGAGGUAGGAGGAGGGCUGAAGUCGAUUAUAGAGGUAGAGGAGGAGGGCUGCAGCCUGCAUUCGAUUAGAGCGAUUAGGGUUAGGAGAGACAGGAGAGAGUGAGGGAGAGGAGGGAGUGGGUCGGCGACGGCAGGGGCAGCCGCGGGGCAGGGAGAGAGUGACAGGGCCGGCGGCGGUUCGCGACAGUGAGAGAGUGAGGGAGAGGGCCGGUGGCGGCAGGGAGAGGCGCGACUUCGCGAUGGUGUCCUGGAAAAUCGAAAAUGGAACUCUGGAUUCUGGAAUCGCGAGGGUUGCGGGCUGCGGCAGUUUAGGGAUUUAGGGGGUGAGGGAGACGGCGUCGUUUUAGGGGGUGAGGGAGAGCGCCAGUUAGUCGGUUUAACCGGCGGUUAUUUGCCACGGUUAGCCGGUUAACCGGCCUCCUCAACCCGUCUACCGCCAACCGCCCCGCGACAUCGUUUUUCGGUUAUCGGUUAACCGGUAACUGGCGGUUAUCGGUUUAACCGGCCGGUUAACCGGCAACCGAUAACCGAAUGACCAACCCUAUAUACACCAGACAGUUACUGCCAUAUCCGUAAGAAUGGCAUAGAACAGUAUCAUUUCUUUUUAUGAAUAGACGUACAACAAUAUCAUACAAAAACAAAUUAAUAACAUGCAG